AAUCGGCUCCCGGGCGCGAAGGGGCGGGGAGGAAAAGACAACUUCGUUACGCUUCGAGAAAGGGGCGGGGCCUGCAACGUCGUACUGAACGAGGGGACGCAACGGAGGCAGGCCGGAGCUGCUGCCGUCGCCAUGACCCGCGGUAACCAGCGCGAGCUCGCCCGCCAGAAGAAUAUGAAAAAGCAGAGCGACUCGGUUAAGGGAAAGCGCCGAGAUGACGGGCUUUCUGCUGCUGCCCGCAAGCAGAGGGACUCGGAGAUCAUGCAGCAGAAGCAGAAAAAGGCAAACGAGAAGAAGGAGGAACCCAAGUAGCUUUGUGGCUUCGUGUCCAACCCUCUUGCCCUUCGCCUGUGUGCCUGGAGCCAGUCCUACCACGCUCGCGUUUUCUCCUGUAGUGCUCACAGGUCCCAGCACCGAUGGCAUUCCCUUUGCCCUGAGUCUGCAGCGAGUCCCUUUUGUGCUUCCUUCCCCUCAGACCCUGAACAUCAUCCUACGGAUGGAGUUGAGGUCCUAAGAAGGAAGGCUGCAAGACCUAAAUUUAUGCCCCUCUUCCUCAUUCUUCCUCAGUUUUGCCUGCUUGGAAGUUGGCCCAGAUCCUGCUGCUCACUGACUUCCCAUGGUUAGCUGCUCUCAAGUGUUCACAUUCUCUUCUGUUCUGUCAUUCCUUAUGUGAGGGUGGUUUUUGUCGUCCCAUUUCCUUUGACCUCAGCAUCAGGAUUAAAACCUAGGGUAGUCUCUGUGCUCCUUUCUUCCUGUGUCCUGGUUUGUUCUAGGGUUCUGGGCUUCUUAAAUCCCUGUACCCAGGGCUGAAUUCCUUAUUUUCCUUUUUAUCUCCAAGGGCAGAGCCAAGUAAGUCUUCAGUCCCUGUUGGUCUUUCCCUGCCCCCAUCUCCACCAUGAGAGCCAGGAAGGAGCUGGUGCCGCACUGUCUGCUGGUUCCUGAGCUGCUGACUUGGGAGUCAGGCUCUUGAGCUGGGGUGAAGACGUAACGGUAGCUCCAGCAUGUCAGAUACUCUGCCCAGGGCAUUAGGGUGUGUAUGGCCACUUUUUUCAAGUCAGACAUACUACUGACUUUAGCCUAAAGGGAGGUAACUACCCAUUAUAUCCUUGAGGUAUUUGUUGGGCUGGACAGCUCCUGUGAGUCAAGACUAGGGGUACAAUUUGAAGGGAACCCCAGUUUGUUAAAAGUACCUAGACUGGAUAUUUGUUAUCUGGCAAUACUGAUGCCAUGACAGUGUCACCUGAAGAUAAGAGGAGGCUGGGGGUCCUGGGUUGGGGACCAACAGAAUGGUGCCAGUAGCAGCCCCAGAUAGAGGAGUACACGGGUCUAGCAUGAGGCAACCUUGACCCAGAAGGUAGUCCAGCUGCCCGUGGUGAAAGUCUUUUCCAGUUCUGCUCCCUCAUAGCUGUGGAACUAAAGUGUCUAGUUAGAGAAUCUGGAGGGCCAUGACAUUUAGGUCUGUCCUACCACCCCACCGAAGAGUAUGGUAUAUGGUAGACCCAUGUGUGUGUCCUCAGAACUCGGAACUGGCCUUGAAUUGCUCUUUCCCUAAAACGACUAGGUUUUCAGAAGAGUGUCCCAGGCCCGCCUCCAUCCUACCUGAACCAGUUGGUGAGGGUAACCAUGACAUAGAGUGAUGCAAGGAAGAAGAUGAAGUGGAAGGCAGAAUAGCUAUAGGAAAGCUGCUGGGCUUGCACUGGAGGAGCUGGAGCGGUCUCUUGGUUAGCUGGCCUGUCAGCCCCACCUGUUUGCCCUGGAGAGAGGAAAGGACUGCUGGCAGCAGUGCUGCUGAAACACCUCUUCCCUCCUCCCCCAUCUUUUGUGAAGGCACUUGAGGGCUCUUUGGCACUCUGCAGAAAUCUACACUUAUGGAUCCUCACUUGACACUCACCUUCCUCUGGCUGCACUGUUUCAGGGCAGCAGAAACAGAGUGAGGGCUUUUGUAAAACAAAAGGCAGCAUGUUUUGGAAUGACUUUAGAAAGAAUGUCUGGGUAACAGUAUAGGAAACUCCUCUUCUUUGAAAAGAUUGGUGUGGUGUAAAAAGUGGAGGCACACCUGGGUUCAAAUUCUAGCUUCAGUAUAUAACUGGCUAUGGGAACUUUGGUAAGAUGUUUAACCUUCUGUGCCUCAAUUUCUCCAUUUGUAAAAUGGAGCAAAUACCUACCUCACAGGGUUGUUGUGAGGAUUAAAUUAAAUGAGAUUAUGUAUGUAAAGUAUCUAGCACAGUGCUUAGCACAUUGUGGGUACUCAAUAAAAGGUAAUAGCAGCUAGAAUCUGA